AUGUCACGUUUUAUAAUGGUGAUUUUGACGAAUGCAGACUCUAUAGCGAUAAAGAUAUGGCGCGCAGAGCAAAAUCCAGAAACUGUGAAAGAUGUUGUCGAAUGUCUCGUCGACCCCCAAUUGGAGUUGAAACACGGUAUCGGUAAUGCUUUUGUAAGUAUUAAUAUUAGUGUUCUAGAUUCAGGAAGGUAUUUAGCUCAAGGAUUUAAUGUACAAGUUCUGGCUUGGGCGUAUAAGCUUGGCAUUUCAACUGUGCGAAAAAUAAUUUAUGAAACAUAUGAUGCACUGUGGGUUGAGCUCGGUUCUAUUUACGUUUCUCCACCAAAUGUCACAGAACUGCGGAAAAUUGCUGAUGAUUUUUUCAUAAAAACUGGAAUGCCAAAUUGCGUGGGAGCAAUUGAUGGCAAGCAUAUUAAUAUGUUCCGUCCAAGAAAAAGUGGCUCACUUUAUUUUAAUUAUAAAAAACGGUUUAGCAUCACACUAUUAGCGGCUUGUGAUGCCAACUAUGUGUUCACCUAUGUUGACGUUGGAUCAUUUGGUUCUCAAAGCGAUGGCGGUAUAUUUAGUAGAACCGCCUUUGGUAAAAAAAUUUUAGACGGAACCUUGGAAGUGCCACCGGACCGACCUUUACCUCAUACUUCAAUCAACUUUCCCUAUUACUUUGUGGCUGAUAAUGCCUUUCCCCUAAAAAAAAAUUUAAUGCGACCUUUUCCUGGCCAUUUCUUAUCCCCGGAUAAAACAGCAUUUAACAAAGCUUUAUCAAAAGCUCGUGUACAUAUCGAAAAUGCAUUUGGCAUUCUAGCAAAUCGAUGGCGAGUCCUUCAUACAAACAUUCAUGCCAAUCCAGAGAACGCUGACAAAGUUGUGUUAGCUACUAUAGUACUGCAUAAUUUCUUAAUGCUGCAUAGAGACAAUAGUUAUAUUACCAAUGCUCACAGAGAUCACGAUGAUCAAAAUUCCCUUCAAAGCAUUUCCAACACAGUUUCAAAUCGGUCCUCUACAUCAGCAUUCGAGCUCCGAAAUAUUUUAAAAGAUUUCAUAUACCCGCAACUAAACUAAUUAACUAAUAUAUCACAUUUACUCGGUUUACUAUGGACAUUUUAAUGGAUUUCGGUUGAAAAAUGGAGACAAGAUAGCAGCAUGCGUAAAGAUAUUGUAAUUACAUGGUUUCCUCUUGGCGGUGAUAUUCGAAAAAUUGCAACAACCUGGCAAGAUCAAACAACGCAAAAAGACUGGACAAAAAAAUAGUGAUAAUAAGAAAAACUUAGUGAUUUAAGAAAUUAAAAAAAAAGAAAAUACAGUUUGAAGGAAAAUUUUACUUUAAAAGCCUUGCCAAUAUUUAAUAAAAAUCACCAUGCACUCAGGUUUGCUUCCCACUGUAUGAUUUUAAUAAGAGGUUCAAAAAGAACUUAAAAAAAACAAAUAUGUACAUACAUUAAAUUAAAUUAAAAACAACUUUGUUAUUUAAUUUCUAGUUGAUAAAAACCUGUACUUGGAUAUUUAAUCGCUUUGAUUUCUUGGAGUUCGAAAAUACUAAAGUUGUUAUAAAAAUUCUGUUCGUCUUUUUUUGUAUUUUAUAAAUUUUAGUCCUGUGCCUUGUUUAAAUACAACCUUUUUAAAAAAUAAUA